GUUCGGAACAUGUGUUCAUUUGACGUUUCAUAAAGUUUGCCCAUUGCAUUCAUGCUAAACAUUUAUCACAAAUUGUGUUGUAAACAAUAUAUCGUUUAAAGUGCAAUUGGAUCUGAUUUUCCAACACAAACCAUACACAUUUUCCCGUCAAUCUUUGGUAGAGAACAGCAUUUCAAGUAUGGGUACGAGUGGUGACGAUGACGACAACACUGUCAGCCGCACAACGAGCGAUGACGGGCCAACGUCCAUUUUUCCUAUUCCAGCGGCUCAACGCGUCAAACGGUAUGGAUUGGAUUUCUACGAGAAAACACUUGGCGCACCGAAAUAUGUCGUUGCUCCAAUGGUGGAUCAAAGUGAAUUGGCAUGGAGAUUACUUAGUCGGCGUCAUGGUGCACAAUUGUGCUAUUCGCCCAUGUAUCAUAGCAACGUGUUCAUCCAUGACAUAAAAUACCGAGAACAAGCACUUCAAAGUUGCGCUGAAGAUAGACCAUUAAUCAUUCAGUUUUGUGGAAAUGAUCCGAAAAUUCUAUUGGAAGCGUCAUUGCUGGCUCAGGAUCAUUGUGAUGCAAUCGACAUUAACUUGGGCUGCCCGCAGGCCAUAGCAAAGCGUGGUCAUUAUGGUUCAUUCUUGCAAGAUGAAUGGCAAUUACUUCAUGAAAUCGUUAGUACGUUACACAAAAACUUGGCCAUUCCAGUAACAUGCAAAAUUCGACGCUUCAAUGAUUUGAAUAAGACCAUAAAAUAUGCGCAAAUGCUCGUUAACGCUGGAUGUCAAAUGCUUACUGUGCAUGGCAGAACGAGAGAGCAAAAGGGUCCUUUAACCGGUGUAGCGGAUUGGAAUUACAUUAAAGCCGUUCGGGAGAGUGUCGAUGUACCUGUGCUUGCCAAUGGAAACGUGCUAUCGGUGGAAGAUAUCGAUGAUUGUAUAGAAGAAACAAAAGUGGUUGGUGUCAUGACAGCUGAAGGUAAUCUACACAAUCCGGCGAUAUUUAAACGGAAUUUUGUGCCAGUGACAUGGGAACUGGCCAAUGAAUACUUGGAUAUUGUCGAACAAUACGAAUGCCCGAGAGGAUACGUUCGCGGUCAUAUAUUCAAAAUGUUACAUCAUUUGCUGGCACUCAAACAAAACUCAGCAAUCAGAGACGAACUGGCGACAGCGCAAAGCCUACAACAAUUCCGAUCAUGUGUCAAUCGGUUGAAGGCAACAUUCGAGCCAUAUCAUACGGGCCAAGCGGUAUGGAUGGAAAACGAUGAACCACCAAAAGAUUACAAUCUAUCACUGCCACCAUGGAUCUGUCAACAAUACAUUCGUCGGCCGCCCGAAGAACACAUCGAAUUUCUGGCACAAAAGCAGAAAGAAGCAGCCGAACGAGAGAAAAGUGAUUAUUUUGACGAUGAUGGACGGAAAAUCUCGAAAAAAGUCUUGAAACGACUCAAACGUGCCGCACAGAAACAAAACGCCGAUGGAUUACGACAAAAGCAGACAGCACGCGGCUUCAAACUGUGCAUCGCAAUAAAAUGUGCCAAUCCAACGGGUCUUAAAUGUGAUCAUAAAAUGUGCCGACAAUGCUGUCGAGAUAAGUGUUACACAGAGAGUCUGGUGUGCAUCGGUCAUAAAUGGCGCGUCGAACCAGUGAAACGGAAAACAAAAUCCCAACAGCUCACCAACACAGAAAACAUUCAACCAGACUAACAAUAAAAUCGACAACGAUGAUACAAAUGAACGAUUGUAAUUUGUUGUAUGGAUAAUGUGAAUUAAAGGAAAAAAAUCUAUAUUUGAAACGAAA